GGAAAUAGAAUCACUAAUUAUGGCCUCUAUAUUUAUUCUUAGAAUAAUUUUGAUUUAUUGAACCAUUCAGGUACUAUACCAUUCGUAACAUCUUCAGUUUACACUCUUCAUGUUAUAAUGGAGAUGAAAUUUUCCGCUAGCUAGCCGAGGCUCACUCGUAUGCUCCUUUUGGAUUGCGGAUUCACCUAGGUUGCUUCAAAUAACCUAGAUUGGGAGAAAUUAUAUUAAUCUGAGUCACAAUAUUUUUAAUAUAUUGUUUGAAUAAUAUUACUUCUAUCCGGUUGAAUUUUGGUUUGGAUUGACGUAAAAAACAUACCGUUUACCCCGAUUUUCCAAGUGAAAUGGGGUGAAUGGGGAUGAAUGGGCCAACACUGUUAACUUGCAUUGAUAAUGUCAAAUGUGUCUAGAUGAAGUGAAUUGUAUUAUUUUACAUUUUUAUGAGACUCACCUAGUUAAAGCUCAAUGCAAAAAGUUUUGGCUCAAAUGACAUGGACGCAUGAUAUAUUGUUAAUCCUAAUUAGUACUCAAAUGCUUGUCCUAUUUGGAUGCUUCACAUUGUCAUAAAGGUAGGUUGUUAUUUGAAGCCAUUGACUUUCUCCCAUCGCACAUAUUAGACAACUACUAGUAAUUGUUAAGCUACAUGACAUUCGUUUCCAAAACAAUGUAUACUAUUUAGUUGAAUCAUUAUGUACUCGGUAGUUCGUACAAAAUAUGCCCAAGAUAUUGGUUAUAAUAAGAAAUCAUUAUAUAUGCCGUUUAGUUUCUUCUAUUUUAGUGUCCGUGCUUGCCCUUAGGAGGUCUUCAGUCCUCUACCAGUUCUAGCCUCUAGAUUAGCUGACCAUAAUAUUACUCUUUGAAUGUUUUAUAUUAGCCUUAUUAGGAACAUAACUUAUUUAUUACUCCGUAUUUAGUAUUUCCCAGACCCCACAAAGUUGGGAUUAUAGCAGGUUUGAUGUUGUAAUAUUAAGUACUCCCUUUGCCUUGCUGCAAUUUGACAACCUUUAGUGUUAUUUACGCUAAAAGUUGGCAAGUUCUAGUAGGAUGGAGGUAGUGGUUGUUGAUCAUUUCUUUCAAAAUCCUGUUGUUUUUUCAUUCAUUGCAACGGCAUAUCCUUUAUACGGACUCAUGUUGCAUGUAUGCCUAUUUAUGCUCUGUUUACAAUUGUUCAUUCAACAAUACAACUUCUACACUGAAGUAUAACGACAUGUUUUCUUCAGAUUAAUGUUAUUACUUAUUACUUAUUCUUAUUGGAACCAAAUUAGAUAAGAAAGAUUCUAAUCAUAGCUGAAGAAUAAGUAAUAAACAGAAACAUUAAGUUGAACAGAACGCACGUAAUUUUAACUAGUAUUAGAUAGACCAGACUAGAAAGAUUCAAAUCAGACUCAAAAGUUUUAGAUCAGAUCACAAGAUAAGAUCAAUCAGACUAAAAAAAUUCAAAUCAGCCCCGAAAAAUUCACAUCACAUCAUAUUAGACCGUAAUAAAUUUAGAUCAAGACUAAUAAGUUCUGACGAAAAGAACAUGCCCUAAGACUAUAAUUGGUCUAUUUUCAUCCCGAAUUCACAAAAUGCACUGUGUAAGAUAUACUCCCUCCGUCCCAAAAAGAUUUACACCUUUCAAAAACAUUGUGUCCCACAAUCUCCUACCCAUUUCUAUUAAAAACCACUUUUACCACUUACUUUUUCAAACCCUACCUAUCACAUCAUACCUUUUUCCUAACAAUCUACACAUCACAUCCUACUUUUACCCAUCACAUCAAGGGUAUUUUUGGAAAGUCAACACAAAAUUAUCCCUCCCUUAAUUUCUACUUUAGUCAAAAUGGGUAACACUUUAUGGGACGGAGGGAGUAUAAGUUUUACUGGGUGUAUUUAAGGUUUUAUUUAAUCCCAUUGAGCAAAUUGCAAAGGACACUAUGUCAUUUGUUGGGAUUAUUUGUCAUUUUAUUUUAUCUAUAAAUUUCAUCGGAGGGACUGGUCAUGUGUUCAAUAAAAAUGUAUGUGAGUCCUCUACCAGCACCGUGACUUCUAUACACCAACUGAUUCCUCGUCAAUAUAUGGUAAACCCAUUCUCAGUUAGAAACGUCACAACUAGGCAUAAAGAGAAUAUAUUUUCUUUCCAUUCUGAGAGAUUGAGCUGGGGAUAAGUGCAUAAAGAAAUCUGUCAUAGAAGAAGAGACGACGACCGAACAAGACAUGCUGUCAAGCUGGCGUGAACAGAAAUAAGAUAUGAAAAAGGAUCCAGAGUUCCUGGAGAGGUGGGAAUUUAGGAGGAGAGGUGACGAGCUUAGUUCUUCCAGCGAUGACGACUCAAAGUCAAGUUCCAGUUGUGAUGCACAUGAUAAGGAACAGGAUUUACUUUCCUGCAUGGUUUUGUCCCAACGUGUAGAGUCUAACAAUGAAAUUAGAGCUUGGAAGAGGAAUCAUCAACUUGACAAUAAAUUUAGAUGUGCGAAAGCUGCAAAGAAACAGAAAGACACAAAAAAGAAGCGGAGGAGGGUACAUGCCCAGACUGCAAUAUGGGAUGAUCUAAAGACUUUCCGAGAGUCUGUCUUAGGGGAACUUAAGGUUGCUAGAGAGAAAAUGUUCACACAUAUGAAAGAUGACAUGGAAAAACUGGUCCCCCGGGAAUCGGCCUCCAAGUCAAGAACAAAGCCACAAAAUACCAUAAAAAGACAGCCAAAGAAGAAAAGUGAAGUGUGUAGAAGAGAUAACCGUCGCUCCCGAAAACCAACGGUUGGAUCUCUGAAGAAGACAGUGGAUCUUGAUUCAAAUAGUUGUCACAUAAAGGGCAUUAAGCAUGAAGAAACCCUUAAAGCUGUUGUUGGAUCUUGCAAUGAGAACCAAAUGAAAUCAAAUUUCUCUUUGAAAAAGCCAGUUUGUGUAGUUAAUGACUCUGGAAAUGCAAUUUCUGCUUCAUAUCCAGCUCUGUCAACUGUCUUGAACAACAUGGUCCCUUCAAGGAAUCAACUUCAAACCAGUGUGAUUACAGCCGACAAAGACUCAAACGUUCAAAAGUGUAGUUUGGGUAUGCAAGCAAAGUAUCAUCCCAGACACAUUCUCAGUUCCCAGAAUGAUACACCUCCUGGAAGUUAUUAUGCUCAGGUUUACCCUAAAAGUCCUUACCUUUAUGGCCAAAACAACAUGUACAAUGCGUCCAACCUUUCGAGUCAAGUCCCCCCUGAGAAACUCUUCUCGGGGGAAAUCUUGCGAGUGGCUAAUAACCUGAACAACCAUAUGGGUUAUGGAAGAAAUGGAGGGCCUGUAUCAUUUACGUCCCAAAAUUACAGCCACUUCUUUACUUAGAAAAAAAUUACUUUUACACAGUUUUACUGUGGAAAGUGAUGUGAUUUGCAGGGCAUGGGAAGAUUGUGACCAGAUGGUAUGUGGUUUCUGCUCCUUAUUUUGCUGCAGUGUGGAAUGGCCAAAUGUCUCCAUGUCUUCACGUUAAAUGUGCCCCCAUCUAAUGCAUACUUUUGAAAGAUUUAUUUGUACUGUAAUUUAGAGGGUCUUUGACAGUUUGUCACUUUCUAAUUUACCCUUGAAAUAUUAUUCGUAAAAUUCAUGUUGCAGUAAAAUGUUUAAAAUAUU